UUGAAGGGCAUUAGAUGCUCUGCUUUCUGCUAGGCCUCACUGCCUUAGAAUUUGCUUUUAGCAUUUUAAAAGAGGUAUUUGAUUUCAAUAAUGUGAUUAUGUCAUGUAUUAUGACAUGUGGAAGAUGGAGUGCCAGAGGAAACAAAUCUGGGGGAUUGAAGAAGAAAUGAAUGGCAAGGAGGGAGGAAUAAUGGAAAUAAAAUGGGACAGAACAAAGAGAUGAAUGAAAUUAAUUUGAUUAGGUUUGAGGAAAAUGUGGGCAAGGAGGACCUGAAUGGGAAUAAAUGCACAUAAAUACUUCAUAAGAGGAAAGGACUGGGGGAGAAAUAAGCUGAAGGUGAAAAGGGCUUAAAAUAUGAGCCUCUUUUGGGACAAGGGACACCCCCCCCCCGCAUAUAUUGCUACAUGGACCACUUUGUGAAAUAUUUUGUUGAGAAGUGGUACACAUUAAUAAUGGUAAUAAUAAUUAGUGCUAAGUGGCAGGCAAUGAUGACAUCUGAUGGCUUACAUAAAGCCCUGUACGCAUGGAUGACUUAAUAAUGGUGUUUCUGGAGUUAUGUAUCUCCUACAAAGAUGUGUCUUCAGACAACCUUUUUUAAUCUGCUUGUACUUCUUUAUCCUCCUGUUUCUCUCCACAUUCUUGCACCUGCAGGACAGGAUCAUUUACCAAAAACUGAGACUCUUUUUCAAAACCACAUCCAAUUGCCCCUUGCUGGAACUCAACAAUGCCAGUUAUCCUUGCAGUUCAUCCUCUCAGGCCAUGGAUAGGGGUAUGUGGACCAUUAACUCUCGUGGGCGCUUGGGGAACCAGAUGGGACAAUAUGCCACCCUCUAUGCCUUAGCCAAGCUCAACGGUCACCAAGCUUACAUUCUUCCAACCAUGCACCGAUACCUAGCACCACUUUUCCGGCUCACGUUGCCUGUGAUUCCUUCUGAGGUGGUUAACAAAAUCCCCUGGAGGGAGUACUAUCUGCAUGACUGGAUGUUGGAAGAGCAUCGUCACAUCCAGGGCAAGUAUGUCCAGCUGACAGGUUACCCUUGUUCUUUUACCUUUUAUGACCACAUCCGCCAAGAGAUACUUCAGGAGUUCUCUUUCCAUGACCAUGUCAAGGCAGAGAGCAACCGAUACCUUCUGGGCCUGCAAGGGAAGCGCAAGAAUGUGACCUACAUUGGAGUGCAUGUCCGGCGAGGGGAUUAUGUCAAGAGGAUGCCCAACUACUGGAGGGGUGUGGUGGCUGACAGAGGUUACCUGCAGAAAGCCAUGGAUUACUUCAGAGAGAAAUACCUCAAUCCCAUCUUUGUGGUGGUCAGCAACGGGAUGAAUUGGUGCAAGAAAAACAUUAAUGCUGCCAGAGGGGAUGUUUACUUUGUUGAUGACAGGUGGGUGUCGUCUCCAGGGAGGGACUUUGCUCUCAUUGCUCAUUGCAAUCACACAAUAAUGACCAUUGGGACUUUUGGCUUUUGGGCUGGCUACCUGGCUGGUGGAGAGACUGUUUACUUGGCCAACUUCACGCUCCCGGACUCCCCGUUCCUCAAGAUUUUUCGGCCUUCAGCAGCCUUUUUGCCUGGAUGGAUUGGGAUCCCAGCUGACCUCUCCCCUCUGCUGCCCAAGACACCUGCCAAAAGUCUGCUAUCUAAGUCCAGCAGCCAUAAUUUAGAACAGACUGCUGGUAAUGCGUGCUGAUUCAGAAAACAGGCAAAGGGCCUAUUUGGGAGCUGAGCUCACUAGGCAUGGGUGCAUGCAAGGCCGCUGGCACUCGCCACUUCUCCUCACAGGCUAUUCAGAGUUCUAGCUUGGUCUGCCAUGUUGGCUCCCACACUUAAAACAAACAAAAAAUUAUACAUAGAAAAAGAAUAUGCAAGUAUAUAAAAAGACACAGAAGUGCAAAGUUAUGAAGGGGGAUUGGGAAGAGAAGCAAUUGCAAACUAAAAUAGAUUAACACAAUUAUACGUUUACAGACUGCUUUAAAUUUGUUCAAUAUUAAUAUCGCUUCAGUUGCCUGUUUAGUACAAGUAUAAAAAGUAAUACAGUAAGCUUAUUAUUUCAUUACUUAUAGGCCCUUAUGUAAGUAACUGUUAGAUCAAUUAUAUGUAAAGUUUUAAUAUCCAACAA